ACCGCGCUCGUUGAUUGAUGUGGAAAGCUGCGGCGACACGACUUGAACGCAUGUCCCCAUUCGCUUAGAUUGUCAAGCAAUAAUAACCUCAUGUUUUGGGCGUCUAGUGAGAGGUUUAAAAGACUUCGUCACACGCACCUCUGCAACUUCGAGCAAGACGCCAUCCCUGGAUUUCCCCCACAGUCACCAAGUAGAAUUUAACUGUGCUGCAGCUUUACUAAAAUGGCGGUGCUCAUUCCCAAUAUCACACCCACUCGAACGUUUGAAGAUCACGGGGAUCGUGUGGUCGCAGUCGCGGUUUUCAAUCAGUAUAGCGACGAUAAACGCAUGGUCACGGGAUCAUAUGAUGGGAUGCUUCGUCUGUGGGACUUGAAAACAGGUGUAGUGUUAAAGAAGAUGGAGGGGCAUCGAAGUCGGGUGCGAGCAUUGGCUGUCUCACCAGAUAUGAGAUGGAUAGCAAGCGGCGAUGAGAGCGGAGAGCUCAUCGCCUGGCAUGCAGACACCGGGGAACUCGACCAAACAAUCAAUAAAGCCCACGACGGUUGGAUAUUUUCACUCAACUUUUCUUCGGAUUCCUGCAUGCUGGCUAGUGGAUCAUCUGACACCACCACGAGGCUAUGGGAUCCAUCAACGUGGCAGGUGAAACAUAUACUUAAAUGCGGUGGAGCUGUUCGCUGCGUUCGGUAUUUGUCCUAUUAUGGGGAAUCACUUGCGAUUGCAACGGACCGCGGUAUCCAGAUUUACCAGAAACACACCUCAAACAGUUACUACAGUCACUACGAUUCAUCACCACCUCCACUCCCCACUCAGUUGAAGAGAAUGAUUGGUGGAGGAUUGAAUUACUCAUUCGCUUGUGCACCCGAUUGGACACGCCUUUUCUUGGGGGGAAACGAGGCUGAUCCCACCAUACGAGAAUGGGAUACAUCGACCUGGGAGCAGGUCCUUAAUCCAUGGAAGGGUCAUUUUAAGGAUAUCCAUGCCAUUGCUCUGAACUCUCGCGGUACUCUUCUUGCUUCCGCAUCUUAUGACAAUCGUGUCCGCCUCUGGAGACUGUCAGAUCGACGAAACAUUGCCGUAUUCAAGCACUCUGGGGAGGUGAACUGCGUCACGUUCUCUGCGGAUGGCAAGCACGUCCUCAGUGGAGGUGUGGAUAAAAAGAUCUCAGAGUGGCCAGUAUCUGAGGAUGCUUUGCCAGAGGAUAGCUCGAAUGAUGGCCUCAUGAAGGAGCAGGCGACACAAGCUCAAGCCUACUCUGAUUUCAAGGCAUGUUCCCACCCUUGAUUCUUAUAACGCAACGUGAACAUGAUUGCGCAGGUCCUCGUUAUGAACUCGACAGUCCGCAAUGCAUGCAUAGCUAGGGACUGGCCUACCGCCGAAAGGGCGCUAAAUCUAGAUAUUUACACUGAUGCCAACGAUCACACUGCCUAUGCAAAUCGCGCAUUUGUUAUGGCGCGAAAAUACCACUGGGACCAAG